AUGAAAACUCGGCGUCUCUGAUUUUGGCUGACAGGUUAUAAUCACAUUUCUGAUAAAAUGCUCGUGGACACACGUCAUCACAGAUAAACACUAGAAGACACCUGCUGUCCUCUCUGAUCAUGAUGCCAUCCUGGUGCACCCUGUUUACCUUCAUCCUCUUCAGCGGCAUGCUGAAGCAGCCACUUUUAAGCGCUGAGGUGAAGGAGGGUGAGAUUUUACCUCCCACUAUUCAGAAGCUGAUGAAAGGAUACAACAAGUACCUAAGGCCUUUCUUUGACAAUGGUCCAGUUACUGUAGGGAUGAGCCUGGACAUUGCCAGCAUUGACACUAUAUCAGAGAUCAACAUGGACUACACGGCCACUAUCUUCCUGCGGCAGCGCUGGACAGAUGAAAGGCUGGUGUUUGAAGGCAACAAGAGUUUGAGUUUAGAUGGCCGUCUGGUGGAACUACUAUGGGUUCCUGAUACCUUUAUUGUGGACUCCAAGAAGUCUUUUCUGCAUGACAUCACAGUGGAGAACCGGCUGAUUCGAAUCUUUCCUAAUGGAACUGUGCUUUAUGCUCUCCGGAUCACCACCACUGUAGCCUGCAACAUGGACCUAACCAAAUACCCCAUGGAUAAGCAGACGUGCACCCUCCAACUGGAAAGCUGGGGAUAUAACAUUAAUGAUGUGAUGUUUUACUGGACAAGAGGCAACGAUUCGGUCAGUGGGUUGGACACACUGCGUCUGGCCCAGUACACUGUAGAGGACCAUUACACGUCUGUCUCUGAAGCUGUGUAUGAAACAGGUAACUAUCCUAAACUCGUCUUCCACUUUGAGCUAAAGCGAAGCAUUCUCUACUUCAUCUUGGAAACCUACGUGCCCUCUAGUCUGCUGGUGGUCCUUUCAUGGGUCUCCUUCUGGAUCAGCCAGUCAUCAGUGCCAGCUCGCAUAUGUAUAGGAGUGACCACAGUGUUAACCAUGACUACCUUGAUGAUGGGAGCAAGAACGUCUUUACCCAAUGCUAACUGCUUCAUCAAAGCAAUAGAUGUGUAUCUGGGGAUCUGUUUUAGCUUCAUCUUUGGAGCAUUGAUAGAGUAUGCUGUUGCCCACUUUUGCACGCUUCAACAUCCAGAUUGUAACCAUGCCUGGUGUGGUGGACAGCACAUGCAGAACUGUGAAGAGGAGAUGAACGGCAUCGUCAUGACCAUUGCCAGCGACUCCGGCCGAGCUAAACGCCACACGGACUCUCCAACCCCGGCUUCCACCGCAACUGGAAAUGUUGAUGUCAUACCCGAGGACUCCUCUGAUCCAGAACCUAAGAACUCUGAGGCGCUGGAGGAGCCGCUGAACCGCUGCAUUAGAUACCUGUCUCUCAUAAGACAACUUCUGUCCUCUGUGCACUGCUGUCAUGUGCAGAACCCACACUACAUAGACAACUACUCUCGUGUAACAUUUCCUCUAUCCUUCGUCGUAGUCAACCUGCUCUACUGGACUUACUAUCUGUACUUCUAA